UACUGUCAAACAGGAGAAAAUUUUGCGGUGUAGAUUUGGCGAUUUCGACGAAUUUCUUUGUUGAAAACAACAUUCUGUCGUGGCUAGUGCUAAAUUAUUUGUGAAUUAUAAUAAAAUAAUUAAUAAAUAAAGUGAGUUACUCUUGGACCAAACAUUCAGCUAUUCAUUUGCUACGAAAAAAGAAGAAAAAAAUUAGAAAAAUAUAGGAGGUCACAAAAAGUCUAAACGUAUCGACGGACGUACAUAAAUAUAAAUUAUCUAGCUAAAAAAUACAUAAGCUCUACGACCGAAGACGACGCCGACGCCACCGACGACGACGACUACAACAACAUCUGUUGCGAGCGAGUAUUGACACCAGAAUUCUGAGCAGCAUCUCUGUCGUUCUAUCAAACACUUUAAAGCAAUCAGUCUCAAUUGAAGAACGAAUCGAGUGAUUUUUUCCAACAUUAAUCGGUGUUUGGACAUACACAGUACAUUUGUAUUCCUCAACUGUUUAUAUGCCGGUUUUGUGAACGAAAAAAAGAAAGAUUUGUGUAAAUAACACAAAGUAAAUAAAAAAAACAGCAACCAUACAACGACAACAAUAACACAGCGAGCAGAACGAAAAAAAAACAAACUUGUUACUGUUGUUGUUUCACAUUAUAAUUGUUCUUGCUGUUGUACUCAUUUGAAUGACUUGGUGCCAGUAGUGUGAUUGCCACUGCAUCUACUACACAAUCAAGCAAUUUCAAUUUAGAACAUCUCCUGUCUGUCUUUCGUCUUCUACUAAUUUUGCUGCUGCUGUUGCUGCUGCGGUCAUCUUGACUCGAAUCGCCGAAUCGGCUGCUGCUGUGAAUAAAACCCAAACAUUUUAAACUCUCCCCUAAAAAAGGAGAGUUUAAAACGGCAAAUAAACAAGGAUUAACAUCCGUUUUUUAACAACUAUAUUUUAUAGUUGUUAAAAAACCAAAAGCGUCGUUUUUCUUCGUCAACAAGUUUUUAAAAAACUUUAAAAAUUAACAAACUAACAACAAUGGCACCUGUGCGGGGAGAUGGUAUGCGCGGUCUGGCGGUUUUUAUAUCAGACAUAAGAAACUGUAAAAGUAAAGAAGCGGAAGUAAAAAGAAUCAAUAAAGAGUUAGCCAAUAUACGUAGCAAAUUUAAAGGUGACAAAACGUUAGAUGGGUAUCAGAAAAAGAAAUAUGUGUGUAAAUUGUUGUUCAUAUUUCUGCUGGGGCAUGACAUUGAUUUUGGUCAUAUGGAGGCGGUUAAUUUGCUGUCAUCGAAUAAAUAUUCCGAAAAACAAAUUGGUUACUUGUUCAUAUCGGUUUUGGUUAACACAAACAGCGAUUUGAUACGCUUGAUUAUACAAUCCAUUAAAAAUGAUCUACAAUCCCGUAAUCCUGUGCAUGUUAAUUUGGCUUUGCAAUGCAUUGCCAAUAUUGGCAGCCGCGACAUGGCCGAAUCGUUCUCCAAUGAAAUACCAAAGUUGUUGGUAUCAGGAGACACCAUGGAUGUUGUAAAACAAUCAGCUGCUCUUUGUCUUUUACGUUUGUUCCGUUCAAGUCCCGACAUCAUUCCUGGCGGCGAAUGGACUUCACGCAUUAUUCAUUUGUUGAAUGACCAGCAUAUGGGUGUUGUCACGGCUGCCACUUCGUUGAUUGAUGCUUUGGUCAAACGUAAUCCCGACGAAUAUAAGGGUUGCGUCAAUUUAGCUGUUUCUCGUUUGUCACGUAUUGUUACCGCUAGUUAUACUGAUUUACAGGAUUAUACUUAUUAUUUUGUUCCGGCCCCAUGGCUGUCGGUCAAACUCUUACGUUUAUUGCAAAACUAUAAUCCUGUAACAGAAGAACCAGGCGUUCGGGCACGUUUAAAUGAAACACUUGAGACAAUUUUGAAUAAGGCUCAAGAGCCGCCAAAGAGUAAAAAAGUCCAGCAUUCAAAUGCUAAAAACGCUGUGCUCUUCGAAGCGAUCAAUCUCAUUAUACACAGUGACAGUGAACCCAAUUUGUUGGUGCGUGCCUGCAAUCAAUUGGGUCAAUUUUUAAGUAAUCGUGAAACGAAUUUACGUUACUUGGCCUUGGAGUCGAUGUGCCAUUUGGCCACAUCGGAAUUUUCACACGAAGAAGUUAAGAAACAUCAAGAAGUAGUCAUUCUCUCCAUGAAGAUGGAAAAAGAUGUUUCCGUACGCCAAAUGGCCGUUGAUUUGCUGUAUGCCAUGUGCGAUCGCAGCAAUGCUGAGGAAAUUGUACAGGAAAUGUUAAAUUAUUUGGAAACCGCUGAUUAUUCCAUACGCGAGGAAAUGGUCCUUAAGGUGGCCAUUUUAGCUGAAAAAUAUGCCACCGAUUUCACAUGGUACGUUGAUGUCAUUUUAAAUCUCAUUCGUAUUGCCGGUGACUAUGUAUCGGAAGAGGUUUGGUAUCGUGUCAUACAAAUUGUCAUCAAUCGUGAAGAGGUCCAGGGUUAUGCUGCCAAGACUGUCUUUGAAGCUCUGCAAGCACCUGCUUGCCACGAAAAUAUGGUCAAAGUUGGUGGCUAUAUAUUGGGUGAAUUUGGUAAUUUAAUUGCCGGCGAUUCACGUUCAGCACCCCUAGUGCAAUUCAAGCUCUUGCAUUCUAAAUAUCACUUAUGUUCACCCAUGACAAGGGCUCUCUUGCUGUCCACCUAUAUCAAAUUCAUUAAUCUAUUCCCUGAGAUACGUACCAACAUACAAGAAGUAUUCCGUCAACACAGUAAUUUGCGUUCGGCCGAUGCCGAACUGCAACAGCGGGCAAGUGAAUAUCUACAAUUGAGUAUUGUGGCAUCCACAGAUGUACUGGCUACAGUGUUGGAAGAAAUGCCCUCAUUCCCCGAAAGGGAAAGUUCCAUAUUGGCCGUGUUGAAGAAGAAGAAACCUGGUCGGGUACCAGAAAAUGAGAUACGUGAAUCGAAGAGUCCAGCACCGGCGGCUGUACAGAAUAAUACUCAUGCUGCUACUAAUCAUAAAGUUAACAGCAAUGCCAAUGCCGAUUUGUUGGGCCUUAGCACACCACCGGCCAAUAAUGCGGUCAACAACAGCAGUGGCACAUUAAUUGAUGUCCUGGGCGAUAUCUAUGGCAGUGCCAAUAACAACACAGCAAUCUAUAAUACCAAAAAGUUCCUUUUCAAGAACAAUGGUGUUUUGUUUGAAAAUGAAAUGCUACAAAUUGGCGUUAAAAGUGAAUUCCGACAGAAUUUGGGACGUUUAGGUUUAUUCUAUGGCAACAAAACACAAAUUCCCCUAACAAAUUUCACACCCGUCUUACAAUGGGAGCCGGAAAAUGCUUUAAAAUUAAAUGUUCAAAUGAAACCUGUUGAGCCCACCUUAGAAGCCGGUGCACAAAUCCAACAAUUGUUAACGGCCGAAUGUAUAGAAGACUAUGCAGAUUCACCCACAAUUGAGGUGAAUUUCCGUUACAAUGGUGUUCAACAGAAAUUCAGCAUCAAGCUGCCAUUGACCAUUAAUAAGUUCUUUGAGCCAACGGAAAUGAAUGCCGAUUCAUUCUUUGCACGAUGGAAGAAUUUGAGCGGUGAACAGCAAAGAGCCCAAAAGGUUUUCAAAGCUCAACAGCCUUUAGAUUUACCCGGUGCCCGUAAUAAACUCAUGGGCUUUGGUAUGCAAUUGCUCGAUAAUGUUGAUCCCAAUCCAGACAAUAUGGUAUGUGCGGGUAUUAUACACACACAGUCACAACAAGUUGGUUGUUUACUAAGACUGGAACCCAACAAGCAAGCACAGAUGUUCCGUCUAACAAUACGUGCCAGCAAAGAAAGUGUUACAAGAGAAAUUUGCGAUAUACUAACAGACCAAUUUUAAAAAAUGGUAAAUACAAAAUGUCUUUUAUUUAGGCUCUAUUAAACGGCAUAAGAGAAAUGCAACGACGAUUUUCGUUUUAUAAAUAUAUACAAAACAAAUAUAUAUAUACCAAGAUUAUUCUCAAAGGAAAUAUACAAAAAAAAGAACAUACAUUACAAAACUAAAUCAUAAUCUUAUAAAAAGAACAAAAAAACCAAAAGUUGAGAAAAAGAUAAGCGAAAAAUUCAUAGUUAAAUUUAAAAAAAGAGAUACCCCCUUUAAUUGAAAAGUAAUAAACCUAUAUGUUAAUGUUAUAAAAAGAUGAAAAAGAAUAUAGAUAAGCUUGCAUUCUUUUUAAGCAAAACUUAAAAAAAGGAAAGAAUUUUGUUCAUUUGUUUUUCUCAGAAAACACAUACACAUAAGUAUUUUAAAAAAUAUAUAAAAUACACAAAUCAAACAAAUAUAAGAAUUUAGAUAUUUUUCCUAAACAUGAUUUAGUGGUUUUAAUUUUUGUUUUGCUCAAAUUUCCUCUCUCUCCCCAAAUUUUCCACAUUAGUUAACUGCACAAGCUCUUUAUGUAGUUUUUUUCUUGCAACACCCCCCUACCCCCUCACAACCAUUUUCCAAUUUUAAAAUUUUCCACGUAUGAAAAAAAAAACCCUCACCUUGUAUUUUGUUCGUUUCUUGUCAUAUUACUCUGGCGAUCAAUACAUACAAUGAACUUAUAAUAUUAAGUAAUAGACAAGAAAAAGUAACUAAGUAAAUUAAUUGCUCGAAAUGUAAAACUAAACUUACCAAAUGCAAAUCCUUUUCUCGCCCCUAAAAAAGAAAGAAAGAUAGAUUAGAUAACCGAUCACCUAAAAAAAUGAAAAACUGUAUAAAGAUAUAAAAAAUCUAUCUAAUUUUGUCCUUUCCAAAAAGAAUACUCGAAAUUUCUUAUAAAAAGAAUGAAAGGAACUUUGAAUGAAACAGGGCUUUGCGUUUAUUUUAAUAAACAAAGAUCUGUCUGAUGAAGUUUCUAAACGUAUAUUUUCUAAAUAUUUUUUCCAUAUAAAAUCAAAAAUAGAAAAAUCGUUCUUUGUUCUGGGGUUUGGAACAAGAUAUAUCUGCUAGGCAUGGGCCUAUUUAAUAAGAUGACACAGGAGGCGAAUUAAAGCCUAAGUCUUCUCUUGCUGUCAAAGUUUUCCUGCGUGAAAUCCUUCAAAAAAAGAUUGUUUUCUUUUCGAAAUUUUACAAUUCGAUGAUUGUGCACAAAUCCCAACAUACCGAAAAUGAAUUUAACGACAAAACAGCCUGAGAAUAAUAUUAUAUUAUAAAAACUAUUUUAACAAGGCUUGAGAAACACUUAUGUAUCACAUUUUCAUAUUGGGGUAUUAUAAGUUUGAUUGGGCCAAAAAUUAUGCAACACCUCGAAAUAUUGGUACCCCACAUGGGAAAGUAUAUAUGGAUCUUCCUAUCUCGCUGAGCUGAGUCGAUCUAGCAAUGAAUGUCCGUCCGCCCGUCUGUCCAUGUUAAUUUGUAAUCAUUCUUCAGGACGCAAUUAUGGCCCGAUCUUUACGAUUGGGCCAGAAUAGAAGCCUAUUGCUUUUGGAGAUGAUCGCAUAAUAUUUAGGGGUUGAAAUGGACCAAAAACUGAACAAUUUCCUGAUUUUGUAGUUGCUCUACAGGUCGCAAUUAUAGACCAAUCGACGCGGAAGUUAGCAUGGGCCUAGAUCUUAGGGCUGGGCAGGAGCCAGUAUAUUGUUUUUAAAAAUGUCCGCAAUAUAUUUAGGAGUUGAAAUGGACCAAAAAAUUAAAAUGUUUUGAUUUGCAGCCGUUAUAAAUAGAAUGAAAAUGACACGAAAUCUCGAAUUAAGUUAGAGUUUAGGACAGCGGGUGGAAUGGACCACUACUUUUGUGUAAAAAUUUCAGCAUUACUUACAGGCGAUAUCGAAAGUACACAGAAGGCGAACUUCUGACUUUGUCAUGCUGAUUUCGUUGACGAAUAUAGCCAAAUAUCGCAGACAAGCAAAUCAUAUAAAUGUGCCUAAAUUUUGGAGAUACAGAGGGGCCUUUUGCAUUUUGAGAUGAUUGCAAAUUAUUUAGGGGUUCAAAAUGAACCAAAAACAGACACAUUUUCCUGAUCACACAAUUGAUGAAACCAAUCGACACGGAAUUUUGCCUGAGAAGUGAGUUAAGGACAGAGAAGAAGUCUAACAUUUUGGAUGACCAUUGGAUUGUACUUGGCUGUAAAAUGGACCACUACAACUAACUACUUGACGGAGUGCGUAAAUAUUGGGCAAAUGUCCUUGUUCAAAAAGAUAUCUUCCAAAAUGGAUUUAGACAUAAGGGGGCUUUUAACAUAUUGUAGUGUUGUUGUGAUACCCUACAUGGUCGGCCCCGCACGACUAUAGCCUUUCCUUACUUGUUUUAAAUCUACCCUUUUUCUUUCUUUUAAAAUUGACUGAUAAAAGUUGUUCUUUUUUGGAAAAGUUACGCGAAUUACCCUUAUAAAUAAGGAUAUAUUAAUCUCAAGCCAUUUUGGUAUGUUGGGUUUUUUUUUGUCAAAAUUGAAGUGUUUUUGUAAAUUUUGAGUUUUGACAGCAAAAAAAGAAAUCAAGGACUGGAUUCUUGUUCUAUGAAACUAUAAAAUAAGGUCCAGGUGCUUGUUCGAUUUGCAACAAUUGUAACAAAUUUUAGGUUAACCAGACACAACCAAAAAUUGGCAGAAGUCGUCGGGCACACCCAGAAAAUAAUUGUAACCGGCUUGUAGCUUUACUUUACCUCUUUAUUGUACCAUGCCUAAUAUGAUUUUAUAUCGAACAAAUAUGGAAGGAAAGUGAAUAUUAAACCAUUCACAUAUCUCAUCAAAAAACUGGGAAUUCCUUAAAAUUUCUGUUGUACAUUUUUCUGAAUAA